AUAACAAAAGUGGAUUUCAGAAUCCCCACCGUAUUUCUCUUAUUAUAUUAAAGUAGAUCUUCUUCCAAGAUUUGAUUUUCAUGUCUCUUCUCUCACGAUGAAGACAGCUACACUAUUUUCCUUUUCUCAUUACCACCAUUUAUAUAAAUACAUGCAUUAACAAAAGUAUUGCUCACACGAUCAUCUUAACUUGUCUUCUUUUCUUGUCAUUUCUUCUCUCGAACAAACAUUUCUUCAUAAUAACAGAGAUUCUUAUUUUUUACAUCUUUUUUUCGAGCUAUGGCUACAAGUGAUGUGUUGUCCAGGCAUAGAUGGUCCGAAAAGGCCGAUAAUUUCGGACAUGAUGUGCAUGUGUUGGCGGUUGAUGAUAGUCUCAUUGAUAGGAAAGUCAUUGAACGGCUACUUAAAAUCACCUCAUGCAAAGUAACGGCUGUUGAUAGUGGAAUAAGAGCUUUGCAAUACUUGGGUCUGGAGAAGAACUCUGUUGGAUUCGAUGGUUUGAAAAUUGAUAUGAUUAUCACUGAUUACUGUAUGCCUGGAAUGACUGGUUAUGAGUUGCUGAAAAAGAUUAAGGGAUCAUCUACAUUCAGGGAAGUCCCUGUUGUGAUCAUGUCAUCGGAAAAUGUAUUAGCAAGAAUUGACAGAUGUUUGGAAGAAGGUGCUGAGGAUUUCAUUGUAAAGCCUGUUAAAUUAUCCGAUGUGAAACGCUUGAAAGAUUACAUGUUUGGUGAAGAUAAAAUCCCGAAUGAAAAACAGGAAACGAACAAGAGAAAAUUAUCAGAAAUUUCAUCAGAACCGGAGAUUUCAGAACCAGAAUUCUCAGCCUCCCCAUCACCACCAUCAUCGGUCUCAGAUUCCUCACCAAAGUCUCUAUCAUCAUCGCCAUCCCUGGACUCAUCAACAACUAUAUCGUCUACAGAAUCGCCACAAUCAUCAACGCCAUCGUCUCCACCUUGUUCGCCAUCGUUACUAACAUCUCCCACUAGGCGGCUUAAAAUGACCAACUUAGAAUUAGAUUAAGAUUAUAGUUACCAUUUUUUUUUUGUUUUUAUCAAUUUGAUCUUUUAUAAAAAGAAUUUACAACAUAACAUUCCAGUUUCUUAAACUAGGUUUCAAUUGUUUGGACGUAUUCUUAGUCAAUAUAUAUUUUUUGAUCUGGCUUAUGGCUAGUUUUAGUUGAA